AUGGCGACGGCGGCGGCCGCCAAGGGGCGCAUCUUCCUGGACCAGCUCGGCGAGGGGGACUACCAGCUGACCGAUGUCGUCCUCCAGCAGCGCGUGACGCUCCCGCCUGGGGACUACACGGUGGUCGACCAGGAUCCCGAGGGCCUCGAUGUGGUCUUGGCUUGCGUGUACCCUGACGGCGAGAGUAACGUUUUGGAUGCGGAGUCGGCCUUCAGCAUCUCGUUGUUCGAGGCGGACGCCACGAAGGAGCUGUUCGUGAUUGACGAGGCUGUCGGACCGUCUUCGCUGAAGUCGUUCUGGGAUGUGCAGGCGAAGCACAGGAGCGGCUGCGUGGAUGUGCAGAUCAACGGGGGCGCCUCGUUCACCUUCGACUGCUUCGUCUUCCAGAUGCCUCGUCCUGGGAAGCAGCGCCUCUUCUGGAGCAUGCACUCGAUCUAUGACUUCUUGAAGAUGGACGCAUUUAAGGGUACGCCUUCGAAGUGGGCUUUUCGCAGCUGCGAGCGUUGGGAGAGGAGGUUCCCGAUAGAAGGUGGCGGCCAGAUCGUGUACGGCAACUACGUCUCCUCACACACGGUCAAGCGACAGCAGCUCCCGUUCCCCGCCAAGUGUUUGCAGGUGACGUCGGUGAGUACUUUCGGUAUUCUCUUCCAGAUGGCCAAGUGGGCUUGGAGUGCUUCGCAUUACGGCGGCUUCGACAUGAAGAGGGAGGUCUCCGCCGAGCAGGUCAAGGCAGCGCAGGGUUUCAUGGUGAGCGUGGUUCAGACCGUGCGCAUGCACCGCAGGAGUUGGUCUUUCCCGAUCUUCUUGGACAUCAAGUGGUCAAGCAAGUGGCCUCGCCCCCAGCCUGCCUACCUGGACGACUGCGCGACUUUCAGAGUCGACGAUGAGAUGACGAUUGACCUCCAGGCUUUCUGCUCGAGGGCUCAGACUGCAUGGAGCGACACUUUCAUUCACAAGGUGUGGAGUAUGUGCUUGGCUGGACGGUGCUCUCGCGAGAACUUCUACAAGCUGCCGAUGCUGGAUCUUAUCAUGCUGACCGCUCGGCAGUCCUCCCCCGUGGCUGAGUGCUUGCUCGCACAGGUCUGCUUGGCACUGUCGCACCAGCUCCAGCUGGUCAUGGCUGCCGAUAACAACGGGGGCCACCCCGUCAAGCGCGACGUCGAGUUCAACUUCGACGACCCCUCCGAGGGCUUCGGCGUCGGCGAGGACGUCGACCACGCGUUGGCCAAGUACGUCACCAACGCUGCCCAGCAGAUCGGCAAGCCGCGCUGCGUCUCGGUCGCGACGGACAAGGCCUCGGUGGGGAACCUGCCGCUGCAGGUUACUGUCCUGACGCUCCCCUCCAACUUGGCGGUGCUGAUGCCUCCUCAGGUGGCUUUGGGGGUCUUCGAAGACCUCGUGGAUCGGCAAUUCGACGACGAGCUACACGAGGAUCUCUCCUUCAAGCGGAAGCCCGAGGAUGCCGUGGUCACGACGGCGAGCGUGAUGGAUCGGCAGAUGGCCUGGCUCACGCGCGGUGCCCCAGGCGCUAGGCCUGGUGCGUGGCGCCCAGUGAAGCUCCACAGGGUCGCCAGCAGGCGCUGGCUCCAGAACUUGGACAACCAGCUGAACGUGUCCUCCGACUUGCAGGGCCUGAAGGAGUUCAGGCUGGACGACUUGGAGAAAGCUCCGAACUGGAAGAACUGGCGCUGCCUGUCCGUGUCCCUCGACCUCGGUAGCGACGGCGUCUGUGCGACGAACGCCUUGACCUACUUCGAGGAGCUGAAGAUCAAUAUCAUGAGGUUCCCCGACCCGUCGCACGGGGCGAACCGCAGCGUCGACCACGCGCUCGCCAAGUCCCAGUUGCGGGGCAUGUGGAUGCUGAUGAUGAUCUCGUGGAACUUGCCCCAUGGCCCAGACCAGGAUGACCUUCGCCACCUUCAGCUGCGUGAAGCCAUGAACUACUGCUUCACCAGGCUCACGCCUGCCACUUGCCCUUUGUUCCAGGAGCUGGCCCCCUAUAUGAUCCAGGACCUGUCUCGCCUGGGCGAGCAUCUCACAGGAGUGGAUUCGCCAGAGGUUGAGCUUUGGGAGUACUUGAAGAAGCGCGUCUGGUUGAGCUCCCCUGGGGAGCGCUGCAACACGAACAGGUUCAUGUCGGCCGUCUCCGCGGCCAAGAAGAACGUGCCGUCCUGGCACAUUGACCUCUUCGAGCGCCUUUUCCUGUGCCUGGAGAUGGACUUCUGCAGGGGUAAAAAGUUUUUGGAGCACGUGGUCAAGGUGAAGACUGGCAAGCAGGAGGAGGCGGGCGAGAGCGCUCCGACGGCCGCGAGCGCCAUCACCAUGGAGGCCAAGACUUUGAGGGGUUGCGCUGCAAACGCCGUCGCAAUCUCAGCCCUGAUGUUGAGCGACCCCAUGAACAGGAAGAUCUGUCUCGCAGUUACUGCGCUCUCGGUGCCUGUACGCAACUGGCACAUCCACCAGAACAGGAUGCUUCGGUCUGCUGCCGCUUCUCCCGACUGGGUCGUGGAGCAGCUCAGGAAAGAUAACUUCGAGCACAUGUUCCAGAUCGCCGCCUGCUUCCACAGCCGCUGUCUUCUUGAGGACCUUGGGUUCUCUUGCCUCGACGGUGCUGGGGCCCUUACCACUGAGGGCCAGAUGCUGGACGAUGACUACGUCGCAGGUAUCUCUUUUGACUUCGGCUGGAAUCUGAUCUCAGCUCGCAUCCGCAGGAACCUAUACAUGUACGGGUGGCCUUACAAGCUCAUCUUGAUGACGUGCGACGGCGAGCCUGCCCGUGCUGUGGUUCGGGAGUUCGAGCAAGAUAAGCGCAUCUUCGACCUUCUGGAGGCUGCUGACAAGGGCUCUGCAAUGGAGCAGGUCUACGUCCGCAGCGAGUUCCGCAAGGUGGCGACGAUUCAGUUCGUGAAGGCCUUUGAGGAGCUCGGAUAUGGUCCCCACCCAGAGAUCAUCAAGCUCAUCAAGGAUCGCGUCUCAGGUCUCAUUAGCACUCAGAUCUGCGAGGACUGCAUCGGCCAGGCGAAAAACAGCAAGCAGAUCAUUGGCAACAGGAAGUACAGGCGCCCCGAAGCCAGCAUGGGGACGAUGCUGAAGAACAAGGUGCUCGACGUCAUCCACAAGUUCAAGAGCGCAGUCAUGAUGAUGCCCUUGGCGUCGAAGGGCCUUCGCCUUCCAGACUCGGCCUUCCGCUCCACCAAGGCCAACGCGACCAUGGAGUUUACGAAGAUCGUCUCCACUCGCCAGGAUGCCCCGUACUAUUCGCCAGGGCACAUCGGCAUCAAUCAGCCCGUCGCUGACCUGGCCAUGCUUCUCCAGAUCUACAAGGAGAACCCAGCGGCUCCAGACUUCAACAAGGUUUCCAAGACCUGGAUGUCGAGCUUCGCGCAGGUCAGCCACAAGCUCGCGGUGAACCUCCCUAACGACGGCUGGUGCUUGGCGCUUGACUUUUUCCAGAACAGCUGUGCCUUCUUCUGGCCCCUGGAGGCCACGGAGAUGCCGAACGGCGACCUGCUGUUCACACCAGAGAACUCGACCCGCGGCCCGACCCUUCGGUCUCUGUUCAACCUCGACGUCGAGGCUUGCACCGUCGUCGUGAAGUCGUGGUCGCGCCAGUGCAGCGACUACCCUGAGGCGUGCGUCGGGAUGAACGCGCUGCGCCCCGCGAUCCGCAUCUUCAAGGAUGGGCCCGCGGAGAGCCUCUACAAGGUGGCUGCUCGGAAGGCGUUUUGGGCACUCCCGAAGACCGUCCUUCAGCAUGUCGCCUCUGACAUGAAGGUCGAUGUACCCGCUGGGGCGAAGUUGGUCGACGUCGUCUUCGCCCUCGUCUGCCACGCGCUGGGGGUCACUGAGAUGCAGGCUAUCCAGAUCGUCGCCAACCGCCACGUCGUCAAUGAUAUCCAGGCGUCCUUCUUCCCUGCGCUGCUGGAGGUCGAUGAGGCGAUCCAGUGCCUGCACUACGACGACCACGAGGAGUUCAAGACCCUGGAGAAGAAAGCAGUCACCAUCACCGAGGAAAGGAAUAUCUUCACCGCCGACUUCAAGGAGAAGGCCGAGGCCGUUCGCGCAGCUGCGCCAAAGGCGAAAGCGAAGGCCAAGGGCAAAGCGGGCGACAAGAAGCCGCCUGUGAAGAGGGAUUUCCCGACUGCGUUGACCCAGGCCCAGGCGAAGACAUAUUUGCCACCAGGUGCUUCGAUCUGGCGCGCGGUCGCCAAUUUCGCGUGGGCUGGCCACUACCCUCCCUACUCGCGGAUCUCCGCUCCGUGGAGCAUGGGGGAGCCUGAGGCCAUGAAGGACGUCAUCCGCCGCUUGUGGAUCUUGCAUUUGACUUUUACUGGUCAGCCUGAGUCUGCGUGCCCGUACAACAACUUGCUCUAG